AUGUGUGGGAUAUUUUUCUCACUAUCGUCGAGCUCCACGUUACCGAAUCAAGAAACGCGGGAUUUGCUCGAAAAACGAGGACCCGACAGCUGCCAAACUCAUACGGUGCACAAACGCGUCCCGGCGCAAGAUGGAGUGUCGCAGCACUUGUCGCACCACCUCACAUUCAUCUCGACAGUCCUGUCCUUGAGAGGUGGCCAUGUUUACAAUCAGCCACUCGUGGACCCCACCACGCAAUCGGUACUUUGCUGGAAUGGAGAAGCCUGGAAGAUUGCCGGCGAGCGAGUUACGGGCAACGAUACACAGCUUGUCUUCCACCUGCUCUUGAGGGCUGUGGACUGCGAUCGUGACGAGGCUCUCGACAGGAUAUCUGAAGCUGUGGCAAGUAUAUCUGGGCCAUUUGCUUUCGUGUUCUACGACGCAACCAGUUCACGGAUAUUCUUUAGCAGAGACUGCCUCGGCCGAAGAUCCCUCCUGCAGGGCCAAGAUGAGGAUGGCACUCUGAGGAUAUGCAGCUUAUGCGAUGGCUCAUCAUCGACUGUCUUUGAGGAGGUUGGUUUCAGUGGGGUGUAUUUUAUCGAUCUCGCCAAGCAAGAAGAUCCUCCAACUGCAAUCGAAGAGAGAUACAAGAUUGAAACCUUACCAUGGAGCUCCGGUCCUUCGCCUCCAGCAAGACAUCUUAAGAAUCCCAUUCCACCGAUGAAUAUGUCGGUCCCGAAAACACAACCGCCGCCAUUGGCACUUGAUACCCCGGUGAUCAAAGAGCUUCAGCUCCGACUCAACCAGUCGCUGGCAUUGCGGAUUGACGAUAUACCUGAGCCUCCAGGCUAUAUCGAAGGCAGAAGCGCCAAAAUUGCAGUCCUGUUUUCUGGUGGACUCGACUGCACCCUCCUCGCCCGUCUUUCACACGACAUCAUUCCCAUCACUGAACCCAUAGAUCUUCUCAAUGUCGCGUUUGAGAAUCCUCGCGUAGCAGCUGCGGCGAGGUCGAACCUCCAUAACUCAUCAUCUCCACCCCCUGCAGAUCCUACCGCUGUUUACGAGGCAUGCCCCGACCGAAUGACAGGUCGCUCGGCUUUUGCUGAGCUCCAAAAGGCUUGUCCAGGUCGCACAUGGCGCUUCAUCGCCAUCAACAUCCCGUACGACGAAACUCUCGCACACAGAGAUCAAGUCAAACGUCUCAUGAGACCUCACAAUACUGAAAUGGAUCUCUCCAUCGCAUGCGCCCUGUACUUCGCAUCGCGUGGUCAAGGAACCACUCACACCUCCACCUCAGACGUCAGCGCAGAGCCAAAACCAGAAAAUUAUACGACUACGGCGCGCGUUCUUCUUUCAGGUCUUGGCGCCGAUGAACUCUUUGCCGGAUACGGCCGUCACGGUGUUGCGUUCAACCGCUGCGGCUUCGAAGGACUUGUUGCAGAGAUCCAACUCGAUGUCGGCCGACUCGGGAAACGCAACCUCGGUCGCGACGAUCGGGUCCUUUCACACUGGGGCCGAGAAACUCGAUUCCCAUAUUUGGACGAGGACUUUGUCGCAUGGACUUUGCGCUUGCCUGUCUGGGAAAAGUGCGGAUUUGGUCUUGCAGAGCCAACCGCCUGUGACGGCGGGGACGAUGAAGCCGAGAUCACAUCUGGCAUCGAUUUCGAGAAGAUGGCACUCCGACUUGUAGCUCUCCGAUUGGGGCUGCAUCGGGUUGCGCGUGAGAAGAAACGAGCUAUACAAUUUGGCGCGAGAACCGCUAAGAUGGAGAAGGGCCGAACGAAAGGCAGUGAUGCGUUGACAUGA